AUGGCAUCCUCUGCUCGGUUGAAUUUCAACCUUCUGGCUCUUCUGGAAAAACUCAGCCAGGAUGAGCUGAGCAAGUUCAAGUCUCUGAUGAAAGCCUUUUCAUUGCAAAAGGAGCUGGAGCAGAUCUUCCAGGCAGAGCUAGAAAAAGCCAAUGUAAAGCGGCUGGUGGAAAUUCUUACCAACUGCUGCCCCAGAUCCUGGGUGGAGAGAGUGACCAUCCAAGCCUUUGACAAGAUGAACCGACACGAUCUGUCUAAGAAAGCAAAGGAUGAACUCAAAGAAGCAGCUGUGAGAUCUGAUGGCGGGAGGCCCCCUUCACUACAUAUAUGUUACAGAAGAUAUAUGAAGAAUAAACUGCAAGAAAUGUGGAUAAACAACUUUUGGCCUGGAGACAGUGACAAAGUCCAUCGUGCCACCAAGAAGUAUGAGGCACUUGUCCCAUUCUUCGAUCUUAAUACAAGGAAAGGGUCAUUGGCACCCACAGUGGUAUUGCACGGCCCUGCAGGUGUGGGGAAAACCACCCUGAUGAAGAAGCUGAUGCUGGACUGGACGGAGGGCAGCCUGGGCCUGUCAUUCUACCACGCCUUCUACAUCAGCUGCAAGGAGCUUACCAACAUGGGGCCCUGCAAGUUUUUGGAACUGGUCUCCAAGGACUACCCUGCGUUGCAGGGAGAGGUGGCAUUAAUCUUUAGAGAAGCACUGGAAAUCCUGAUCGUGGUAGAUGGGUUUGAUGAAAUGAGGGUCCCAGUGACUACAAUGAUCUCUGACAUCUGUGGACACGUGUGUGAAGAGAAGCCAGUGCCCAUCCUGUUAAGUAGUUUACUGAAGAGGAAAAUAGUACCCCAUGCCACACUGGUGGUCACCACAAGACCCCGGGUCUUGCAGGAGCUCACUCUGUUGUUGGAGCAGCCACUCUUCAUCAAUAUGGAGGGCUUCUUGGAGCCAGAUAAGCAGGUGUUCUUCCAGAAACACUUUGGAGAUGAGGACCAGGCACUGCAAGCUCUUGAGGCUGUGAAGCGCAAUGAGGCUCUGUACUCCAUGAUUUCAGCUCCUGUCGUGUGCUGGGUAAUUUGCACCUGUCUGAAGCUACAGAUGGAGAGGGGGGAAGACCUUACCCUGACUUGCCAGAUCACCACAUCACUGUUCCUGCAGUUUCUCUGUGACCAGUUCCAACCAGCACCUGAUGACCGCCCUAGCAGUCACCUUUCAGCCCCACUGGAGGCCUUGUGUCUCCUGGCUGCCCAGUGCCUGUGGACACAGGUGUCUGUGUUCUAUGAAGAAGACCUCAAGAGACUUGGGGUGAAGGAGUCUGACCUCCAUCCCUUCCUGGACAAGGGCAUCCUCCAGAAUGACAGUGACUGUAUGGACUGCUACUCCUUCAUGCACCUCAGUGUCCAGCAACUUCUGGCUGCCAUGUUUUACAUUCUGAAGCGUGAGAAGAAGGAAGGCCGAGACGGCUCUGAGCAGGAUAUUGGAGAUGUGCGGAAGCUGUUCUCCAGGGAAGCAAGAAGGAAGAACCCUGACCUGGCCCAGGUGGGGCUCUUCUUAUUUGGUCUCCUGAACAGGAAGAGAGCCCAGGAGGUGGAGACCACUUUUGGCUGCCAAACAUCAAUGGAGGUCAAACAAGAGUUACUGCAAGCCAAGCCUGGGGAGAAUAUACCCUUCCUCGAGCUGGUGGAGCUGAGGGAGGUUUUCUCCUGUCUCUAUGAAUCUCAGGAGGAGGAACUAGCAGAGGAAGCCAUGGUCCCCUUUGAGGAAAUGUCUCUGCAGUUGAGAAAUAAUGCAGACCUAAUGAACUCUUCAUUCUGCCUCAAACACUGUCACAACUUGAGGAGAAUCUCAGUGCAGGUGGCCAAGGGGGUGUUCCCGGAGGACGAUGCUGAGGAUAAGGGGUCCAAGAAAGAUCACUAUCUGCUUCCUUUCUGGAUGGAACUGUGUUCCACGUUUGAUUCAAACAUGAGUCUGUGUGAUCUAGACAUCAGCCAGGCAUUCUUCAAUAGCUCUUCUGUGCAGAUUCUCUGUGAAAAAUUAGCUUCUGCUACUUGUAACUUCCAGAAAGUGGUCCUUAAAAGUAUUUCCCCAGCUGAUGCUUACCAAAACCUUUGCCUCGCUUUUAGUGGUUACGAGACCCUAAAACGUCUUUCCCUUCAAGGACGUGACCAGGACGAUAUAGUGCCCUCAUUGUGUGAGGUCUUGAGACACCCAAAGUGCAAUUUGCAGUAUUUCAGGCUGGAGUCUUGUUCUGCCACCACUCAGCAGUGGGCUGACCUGUUCCUGGCCCUCCAACUCAGCCAGUCCCUUAUAUGCCUGGACCUUACAGACCAUGAGCUCCUGGAUGAGGGUGCCAAACUGCUGUGUGUGACUUUGAAGCACCCAAAGUGCUUCCUGCAGAGGUUGUCGUUGGAGAACUGUCACCUUACAGAAGCCUCUUGCAAAGAGUUCUCCUCUGCUUUGAUCAUCAACCAGAGGCUGACACACCUGAGCUUGGCCAAGAAUGAGCUAGGGGAUGAAGGGGUGAAAAUCCUGUGUGAGGGCUUGCAUUACCCUGAGUGUAAGCUACAGAGCCUGGUGCUGUGGCACUGUAAUAUAACCAGUGACGGCUGUGAGCACCUCUCAAAGCUCCUCCGACAAGAGUCGAACCUCACACACUUGGAUCUGGGACUGAAUCACGUAGGAGUCACGGGUAUGCGGUUUCUGUGUGAGGCUCUGAAGGAACGGCUGUGUAACCUGAAAUGUCUGUGGCUGUGGGGAUGCUCCAUCACUUCAUUCAGCUGUAGAGACCUCUCUGAAGCCCUCAGCAAAAACAAGAAGCUGAUCACUCUGGAUCUAGGUCAGAAUUCUGUGGGUUUUGAUGGAAUAAAAACACUGUCUGAAGUCUUGAAACUUCAAACUUGCCACCUCCAGACACUCAGGUUGAAAAUUGAUGAAACUGACCCUCAUAUCAAGAAGCUACUGAAAGAAAUCAAAGAAAGCAACCGACAACUGACCAUUGAGAGUGACCAUUGUGAUUCUAGGAGAAAAAGACCUUCUUCUCAAGACUUCAUUUUCUAG